CCAGGAGCCAUGAACCUGCACUAACAACGCCUGCCGACGAUGAUGUGCAAUUGCCUUCUUUCCAUAUACGCACUCCGCCCACACUGAAUGAAACCGCCAUGACCGAUUCGACCUUUGCCCAGGCGCAGCAACGCGUCGCUGCUCGCCGACAAGCACGCGAGGCGCAAGCCCUGGCGGCUCAACGCGCAGCAGCCUCCAGAGCGACUCCAGGACGACCGGCGAUCCUACAAAGACUCCCCUCGCCGAUAGCACAAGCCUGGAACUCCAUAUCGUCCCGCGAGGGCACCCGCCCAGCCUUUCGCGUGGGGCAAGUCGAUGCCGAGCUUCUCGACUCCGAGCUCCUCGACCUCCUACGAUCACAGGUCGGCGACGGGCUCAAGUACUUUGCGGGCGGACACCUAAAGGACGACUGGGCGGCCGAAAUCACACUGUUGCUACGGGCCGUCCUGUUCAAAUUGACGAUAUGGGACCACGACGCGACGUACGGGGCCGCGCUGCAGAACCUACGAUACACAGAUGCGAGGAAGGACGGUCCCGUGCUCUUUGCCCCGUCAAAGCUACAAAAGUCGGCACUUGGGCUGGUCACGGUGUUUGGGUCGUAUGCAUGGACGAAGUGGGAAGACUGGCUGCUCGAAAAGGACGACGGCUAUGACCAACCGAGCCCUCGAGUCCUGCGACUUUCACGGCUGACCUCGCUAUUCUCGACAACACACAGCGUGGCCGCUUGCGCGUCGUUCCUCGUGUUUCUAUGGAACGGCCGGUACAGAACGUUGCUCGAUCGUGUGUUACGGAUGAGACUCGCGCCGCCUACGAGCCAGGUCAGCCGCGAGGUCUCGUUCGAGUAUCUGAACAGACAGCUAGUCUGGCACGCAUUCACAGAGUUCCUGCUCUUCGUGCUGCCGCUGAUCGGCAUCAAUCGCUGGAGGCGAUGGCUGAGCAGAACAUGGCGGAAGACGAAAGAGAUUAUGAACACGGGGUCAAGCGAAGACGCAGAGGCGGCAGGGGAAUACGCGUUCCUACCCGAGCGGACAUGUGCAAUAUGUUACCAAGACCAGAACGACGUUGCGACGACGGAGAAUGAUGUUAUGGCAGCGGCGGCGGCGUCGAGUGGCGUUAUCGGGUCCGCCAACACCGACAUCACGAACCCCUACGAGACCAUUCCGUGCGGGUGCGUGUACUGCUUCGUCUGUCUGGCGACGAGGUUGGAGCGGGAGGAGGGCGAAGGCUGGACAUGCCUCCGGUGUGGUGAGCAUGUCAAGGAGUGCAGACCAUGGAGUGGCGACGUUCUCGAGCCGGCAAGCAUGAGGGCCGGUGCUGGCAGAAAGGUCGCGUUCAUAGACGACGUGGCGGAAGAGAAGACAGACAACGAGGGCCCCGAUGAGGAAGAGGUCGAGACACAUGACGAGGGUUAUUCAUCCGAGGGGCAGCAUCAUAACUAGAUCAAGCCACUGUAGGCAGACGACUUAAUUUAUACCAAACGAUACCCACGGGCCACUGCUGCAAGGCUCGGUUUGGAACGUAUGUAUGUAUAGGCCAAGAGCCUGAGCCGCGGAGCGAGCCGUGUAUAAAUC